CGCACCUACCCUAAAGAGAGUGGUGGUGCACUAGUGUUUUGCCUACAGAAUCGCACCCACACCCACACAAGCGCCACGUGCCGGAGCGCGCGGGCAUGCUUCAUUCGGAAGUUCUGGCUGACGACGAUUCUCUCGCUCUUUAUUCGGGGGGCUAUCAACAAACCUGCCGUGUCGCGUCUUCGCGCGUACUAUCGCGCGAGAAUAACAUCCACUCGGAUUCUCAUUCAGUGCUCGGACAUCGUAGGGGCAGGACCUCAGCCAGCGGUCCGCGGUUUGUUGAUAUCCCACCCUUCCCCACCAGCGAGAGAGUGUGUUGUGUGUACAGUUAGAAGAAGGGGACACGCCGAAGGCGGGGGACGACGACGCGACUCUUACCAGCCAAACGGGACAAAAAGUGUGUGCAAAACUUUCUUUGCGCGAACCAAUUGUUGAAAAUGUGAACCCCCCCGUUCUUUUUGGCGACAGACGGCGGCCCCAUUUCGUUUUCGUGGUUCCGUGGCCCGCACCGCGUCCCGAAGGGUUUACGUAAGCGGGUUUUUGCAUUCCAGAGGCCGCCGCAGCAGGCCAAAACCCGCCGAGAACAUGGCAGAAGAUUUAUCGAUCAAUAAAAAUAAGAUCUGUGCUUCGCGGUACCACAACAACGACAUCUGUCGUCUGUGCUUGAAGAAUGAGGCCCAUAUGGAGCCGCUUUUUUACGAGAAUCUAUUUCCGAACAUUCUGCUCACCAAGAAGAUUUACGACUGCACGUCGAUACAGAUAAUUUACGAGCGCAACCUGCCAAUGUUCGUGUGCAAACUGUGCGCCAACAAGCUGGACGAGUACAUGAGAUUCCGAGAACGGUGCGUAGCCAACGAUGAGUUUCUGCGGAACGCGCUGGCAUUCUUCGACGCUGGCCAGAACAGCAUCAAGCUGGAACAGCAACACCACGAAGAAAUUAAGCAGGAACCCUCCAGCCAUGGACAUUCGAUUCAGCAGACGCAGCAAUACUCAGUUGCAACGGCUCCGAUUGACUUUCGCCAGAUUAAACGUUCGCCGGAACGGGUCGACGACGACGAGGAAGAGCCCCUUGAAGACGAGCCCGAGGAAGACGACAAAACGUACUCGUGCACGGUCUGCUCGAAAUCGUUCAAGAUUCGGCAGCAUUUGCUGAUUCACAGCCAUACCCACGUGGAGCUUCUACAACCACAGCAGCAACAGCCGCAGCAAUCGCGUCAGGAACCAGUGACGACACCGGAGGGCAAGCCCACAUACAGCUGUGGCAAGUGCACCAAGGUGUUCAUCAACCGGGGCAAUCUGCUGAACCACGCCGCAGAGUGCCACGGUCAUGUGAAGAACUUUUGCUGUCAGAUUUGCAACAAAUCUUUCAAAUACAAUGUACAACUUCGAAUUCACCUUCGCACACACUCCGGAGAGCGGCCUCACGCGUGCGAGAUAUGCCAUCGUGGGUUUUCCCAACUUUCAAACCUUAGGUCGCACCGUAAGGUUGUCCACUCCAAGGUCAAGCCGUACAAGUGUCAGCUGUGCUUGAAAAGCUUCACCAUGCUGGACAGCCUGACCGCGCACAGCCUAAAGUGCGUCAAGGACAAGUACCGGUGCCAACUGUGCUCGAAGUCGUUCGCCAAAGAGGGCAACCUGAUCGCGCAUCUGCAGUGCCAUAGCGAGGGGGUCAUCGAGAAGAACUUCAAGUGUGAAAUGUGCCCCAAAAGCUUUCGCAACAAGGAAGACUGGAAGCGGCACGUACGCGUCCACACGGGUGAAAAACCCUACAUCUGCGACCUGUGCAACAAAGGGUUCGCGCAGAAAGCCAACCUGCUGUCCCACCGCAAGACUCACCUCAAGCCGGAAGUCAUCUUCAAGUGCGAACGCUGCGGCAAGGUGUGUCGCACGCAGAAACUGCUCGAACUGCACGUGCAAAAGUGUGGCCUGCUCGAACUGCCCGGUACUCCGGUCCCCUCCGUGCCACCGACGCCGUCUUCGAUGGGCUCGCCACCACCGCUGGGAGAAGCGGCAGCAGCAGCGCCGGCCACACCCACGCUCGAGACGCUGUCCGACCUGCUGCGGUACGAGUUUGCCAUGCGGGCACCCAUCGAGCUGCAGGAUCUGCUGAUGGCCACGAUGGAGAAGAAGCGGGCGGCGGAUGCUGCUGCUGCGGCGAUUGUCUCGACGCCAGCGGUUGUUGCAGCACCGAACCCGGCACCGCCCAACGCCGCUGCUCGUCACACGUAUCGGUGCGAAAUUUGCUUCAAAGCGUACUCGCAGUACCCGAGCCUGGUUAAGCACCGGAAGCUGCAUCUGAAGACGCCCCGGGCGAGGACCAAGUCCACCGAGGCGGACGAUCGGCCGUACUAUUGUGAUAUCUGCGGGAAGAACUUCAAGUUCAACCGGAAUCUGAAGGUCCACAUGAAGCUGCACACCAAAGCGAACGGGUUCUACAAGUGCGACAAGUGCAGCGGGACGUUCGAAACGGGCGAACUGCUGAAGACGCACCUGCUGGAGCACCCGAUCGACGUCGAGAAGAUCUUCAACUGCGAGUUCUGCUCGAACACGUUCAAAUCGAACGAGGACCUGAAGCGGCACCGAAGGUCCCACACUGGGGAACGUCCGUUCAAGUGUGAGGCGUGUCCGAAGGCUUUCACGCAGCUGUCGAAUCUGCGCGCCCACACCAAGAUUCACGAGAAGAAGCGGCCGGCGUACGGGUGCAACAUUUGCCUGCUGGAGCUGGACUCACUGGAGGCGCUGAACGUGCACCUGAAGACGCACCAGUUUCAGCUGUUUGAACUGUGCAAGGAUAUGAAGUAGUUGUAGUUGCAGCGCGAGACGUUGUUCGUGUAGUCGUUUGUUGCUGGCGUAACGUUUUUUGUUUAAACGGUAGAAAAUCUGUGUUAUCCCUUGUACUAUUGGAACAAACAAAACAAAUACACACAUACACAUAUGCCAAUAUACACCAGUGUUACUGAAUGUUUGUACUA